GUGUACUCUGCCUGAGAGGUGCGCAGAAUAAGCGUUCCUUUUCAUCACUUAGCGACGUAUCAGACUUAAUGUUGACAACCUACAUGUGAAUGCAUUAUUCUGUCCUUGUUAGUCGUUUGACUGUCGUAGUUUGACUCCAAUUGUCAAGAUGACUGUAAUUCGGAUUAUUUCUUAACUUACCUCGACUCGACACCGCCGAUACUGAACAUUGUUGCCAGCGGGCUCCUUGGUGACAGCGACCAAAACAAACGUCACCCAGCGUCUCUGCUAACGCUAGCGCACUAGCGACAGAGCUGAAUGAAGUUUAAUAACCGCUAAUCCAGGAGGUCUACAUUACUCUCUAUUUUCAGUUCUGUAAAGUUUUACUGCUAACAAGCUUAUAUGGCGGACGACGGGAGACGAGGAGAGGACGACGAGCGCGGUCCUGGGGCGGCUUACCAAAUGUUCGUGGUUAUGGAGGACCUGCUGGACAAGCUCAAGGUUCUGAAUUAUGAAGAGGAAGUCCUGGCCAAACACAACAUGAAGACUCUGUCAAGACACUACUUCGCAUCCAGCCCGUACACGCCGUCCAACCCCGGCGAGCAGUUCUACAUGUUCACCAUAAUAGCGUCGUGGCUCAUCAACGCCGCCGGAAGACCCUUUGAGCCGCCACAGGAGUAUGACGACCCCAACGCCACCGUGUCCAACAUCCUGGCGCACCUGCGGGCCCUGGGAGGCCAGGUUGAUUUCCCUCCAGCGAAACUGAAGUCUGGAUCAGGGGAGCAUGUGUGUUUCGUUCUGGACCGGCUCGUGGAGGAGACACUCAAACACAAAGGAUUCAGCUGGAGGAGGCCAGUGUACCCUUCAGAAGAACAGGGGGAGGAGUGUGUGAUGGAGGAUGAUGCUGAGCUCACACUCAGCAAAGUAGAGGAGGAGAUGACUGAAGAUGCUGAUGAGUUGGAGGAGGAGAAUGUUCUUGACUUGGAGGCCCUGAAAGCACGAUCCAAUCAGAAUGAAGGGAGUGCAUCCAAACCAGAGAUGAUUCUAGAAUCUCAGACGGAUGCAGCCGAAUGGAACCUGGAGGUGGAGAGAGUUCUACCACAGCUGAAGGUUACCAUACGCACCGACAACAAGGACUGGAGGGUUCAUGUAGACCAAAUGCACCAACACCAGGAUGGCAUCAAGAGCUCACUCAAGGAGGCAAAGGGUUAUCUGGAUAAGCUACAUGAGGACAUCAGUAAGACUCUGGAGAAAGUGACCAGCAGAGAGAAAUACCUCAACACACAGCUGGAGCACCUAAUCACGGAGUACCGCACCGCCCAAUCACAGCUCAGUCAGGCAAAAGAGCUUUAUCAGCAUGGUAGUGGUGGAGUUACAGAGAGAACAAGAACUCUUGCAGAGAUCAGUGAGGAGCUGGAGAAGGUCAAACAGGAGAUGGAGGAGAAAGGCAGCAGCAUGUCAGAUGGAGCUCCAGUGGUGAGGAUCAGGCAGAGUUUGACUAAACUGCGUCAGGAGAUCCAGCAGAUGGACGUGAGAAUGGGUGUGGUGGAACACACACUGCUACAGGCACGCCUCAACCAGAAGAACAACAUGACCCGGGACAUGCACGCCACACACACUCACUCUGACACACACACCUACUGACACACACACACACACACACACUACUACAGGCACGCCUCAACCAGAAGAACAACAUGACCCGGGACAUGCACGCCACACACACUCACUCUGACACACACACCUACUGACACACACACACACACACACACACACACACACACACACACACACACACACACACACACACACUACUACAGGCACUCCUCAACCAGAAGAACAACAUGACCCGGGACAUGCACGCCACACACACUCACUCUGACACACACACCUACUGACACACACACACACACACACACACACGCACACACACUACUACAGGCACGCCUCAACCAGAAGAACAACAUGACCCGUGACAUGUCUUUUAUAAACUGUAAAAAUGUAUACUGUAAAAUCAGAAUAUUGUUUUCUUCUGAAUAAAGUAUUUAAAGUCUUUCAGAAUUAA